CCCCUCCCCCGCGCUCAGCGCCCGCAUCCCUCCAUCCAGCCUGUGCCGCAGCCGCAUCACCACCGCAGCCCAGGCGGAGCGGAGCCCGGCCCCAGCCCGGCCCCUGUCGACCCGCGCCGCCGCCCCGCCCGCAGGACCCCUCGCGACUCGGGCGCCCCUAGGCGCCCCCAGACCCCGGCCUCCAGCACCGCGGUGGGAGGCAGGGAGCAGCGGCGGAGGCAGGAGGACGAGGAGGAGGAGGAGCCGUCGCAGGAUGAAGGAUCGGACUCAGGAGCUGCGGAGUGCGAAAGACAGUGACGAUGAGGAGGAGGUGGUUCACGUGGAUCGGGACCACUUUAUGGAUGAGUUCUUUGAGCAGGUGGAAGAGAUCCGAGGCUGCAUUGAGAAACUGUCUGAAGACGUGGAACAGGUGAAAAAGCAGCACAGUGCCAUCCUGGCCGCCCCCAACCCAGAUGAGAAGACCAAACAGGAGCUGGAGGACCUCACUGCUGACAUCAAGAAGACGGCCAAUAAGGUUCGGUCCAAGUUGAAAGCGAUCGAGCAAAGCAUCGAACAGGAAGAGGGGCUGAACCGUUCCUCUGCAGACCUGCGCAUCCGCAAGACCCAGCACUCCACACUCUCCCGGAAGUUCGUGGAGGUAAUGACUGAGUACAACGCGACCCAGUCCAAGUACCGGGACCGCUGCAAGGACCGAAUCCAGCGGCAGCUGGAGAUCACCGGCAGGACCACGACCAACGAAGAACUGGAGGACAUGCUGGAGAGCGGCAAGCUGGCCAUCUUCACAGAUGAUAUCAAAAUGGACUCACAGAUGACAAAGCAAGCACUGAAUGAGAUUGAAACGAGGCACAAUGAGAUCAUCAAACUGGAAACCAGCAUCCGAGAGCUGCACGACAUGUUUGUGGACAUGGCCAUGCUUGUGGAAAGCCAGGGUGAGAUGAUUGACCGCAUCGAGUACAACGUGGAACAUUCUGUGGACUACGUGGAGCGAGCUGUGUCCGACACCAAGAAAGCUGUGAAAUAUCAGAGCAAGGCGCGGAGGAAGAAAAUCAUGAUCAUCAUUUGCUGUGUGGUGCUGGGGGUGGUCUUGGCCUCAUCCAUUGGGGGGACGCUGGGCUUGUAGGCCCCCUGCCCUUAUCCCUUCCAGGCCCCUUCCCUACCACAUUGGGAGCAAUACCCCCUCUGCCCCUUUCACUCCAUCCCCUGCUCCAAGCUCAACCCCAAAAUGGACCCAAGCAGCCCCACUCCCUCUUCUAUCCCCACGGCAGACCCUGGAGUCCCUGGACCUCACCUUGCCAAGGACCACCCUCCCCUUUCCCGCACGUAGAUAGCAGCAGGCGUGAUUACACAUGCACACCAACAUGCAUGCCGCCGGCACAUGCUCAAGACGUGUGGACACCCCAGCGAGUGUGUGUGUGUGUGAUGUAUGUAGAGACACAUCAUUCCCCUUUGCAUCCACCUUAAGUCUGUGGUCCGAGCCUCCUUGUCAUUAGGGUCAUGGUGUUGACUGAGUGUAACAGCAGCCUGCCAUACUCCUGUUUUCUGUGAAUAGGUAUGUGUGUCUGUGAGUGGCUGGAGAUCUGUGGACACCCAAACUAUGUUUAUGGAAUUUUAUGUUAGUGUUUGCAACUUGAGUGACAUCAAUUCCUCCACCCACACCUCCUCCCUGUCUGCUCUAAAUGGAGCGGCAGUGUGUACAGAUGUUCACAUUCUCAGAGGACCCCAUGGCAGACACCCACAUGAUGUAGAGCAAACCCUCCGGGUCAGUGCAGGGGCUUCUAUGUGUCCUUGCAUGCACUUGUGUGUUUUGGGCCUGUGGAGGUGAGUGGAAGCAUCAUGUGUAAAUGGCUUAGCUUGGCCUAUAGACUUGUGUUUUUCCUAGUAGAUGUGGUGAGGAAUGAGUGUGUAUAUGUACAUGUGUGUGCAAGCUCACACACUGGAAGUGUUGAUAGGAACCCUCCACAUUGUGGACAGAUACCUACUGAGGGUGGAUAUGAAUUUAUCUGUAUGCUACCUAGGAUAUAGCUGUGACUGUGUGUGUGUGUGUGUGUGUGUGUGUGUGUGUGUGUGUGUGUGUGUGUGUUUAGGGGCUUUCUACAUAGUGUUUUGCCCCUGCAUAUCACACAUGCACAUUUACCUUUAAGGACAUGUGCCCCAUCAUUCCGGGUUUGUUUAAUCAGAUUUAUUUGGUCCUGCCCUCCUCCCCAGUGGCCCUGACCCAUGGCUGGUGUGGCCGCAUUGCUACAUCAGUAUUAUGCACACAUGCUUUCAUCCUUAUCUUUUCUGUGUCUGUCCGAGGACAGGUCUGAGCUUGCGCCAACUGGAGCACCUCAGACCAAGGCCGAGGAGGUCCUGUGAAGGUGGCUGCAUUCAGGCACACGCACAUGCUCCACACGGCACUCAUGCGUGCUGCCAACAGUGUGGUGCUCCUGCAGGCCCACACAUGUGUGCACGCGAAUACCACUUGGGAGGUCUGUGAGGAGGCAAAAUGUCAAGGAAAAUGACAAGUGGAAAGUCAGGACAUUGCCCCUUUCUGUCUCUAGUCCACUCUGGUGGGACCUGGAAGAAGCCAGUGCUUUGUCUCACUGCCCCAUUUAAUCAGUGUUCUAGGCUCUUCCACUAGAGUGGACAGUUGUGGCAGUGGUCAGUGGUAGUUUUUCAUCUCCUGGACCUGUCCUCUGCUGAAACAUCACCUACCAGGGUGAGACUGAGGACUCAAGCCUGGGACUCAUGAUGAGGGACGGGCAGCACCCAGCUUGGGGAGACAGCACACAUAGUUUGUGGGUUGGUGGUUUGGUGACGGAGGAGGUUCAGGGAGAAAAGACGGCGUUAGAACCCCUCUCCCCACUCUAAGAGCCAGGAGCGUGUAGGCUGAGCACUAAGGACAGAAGGGAGAGGCAUGUAUGUCCUGGGUGACAGACUCCAGUGUGUGCACACACAGGCAGGGGAGAGCUGCAGAUGUGACCUUCUGAAAACAGCACCCUUCCCGGCCCCCUCAGCCAACCUCUUCCAUCCUCGGCCUCCUCCUGGCCUGUGUGUGUCAGUGUGACCACCUGUUUGUAACCCCCAGGUCAGCUGUUCUAAGGAGGAAAGCCUGCCUGUCCUUUCCCAGAUGUCCUUUUACAGGUCAGGAAAUCCGCCCAUAGUCUGACUGCAGCUUUCUACUUCCACCUCAGGCUUCUUUGGAGACGUCAUGCAGGCCCCAGCACCCAGCCCCCUUCUUCCUUCCUGCAGUCCAUCCAGGACCUCCUUUCAGCCCAGGUGUUUCCCAAAGCCCCCCAGCCUUGCAAUUCAUAAAGACAAAUGGUGAUGUUGUGGCUAGAGUGCUGCUCCUGCCUCCUUGAGUGGCACUGGGCCCUUGGCUGCCCAUCUCUGGACCUGAGAUGGACUGGGAUCCCUGAGUGUCUGGGCCGUCAUGGCUUUCUGCAAGUCAUGCACAUCCAUCGUAUGACGGGUUUGCUUAUUGGCUGCUGUCUACAUGUGUGUGUGUGCUGAGUGUGGUCUGGGGUCGGUGUCUUGCAUGUUCUCAGACAAGGGUGUGCUGUCUAUCUUCCAUGCAUUUAUAGCCGUCAAGGCCAGGUAUGCCCCGUGGGUGGUCCUGCGCCUGGCUGGGGCUCAGCAUUCCCCCUCCCUUUCCUCCUUGUCCCUUCCUCUCACAAAGCACACUGCGUGACCAUCCCAUGUGACCGUGGGUCGACACACGCUCUUGCCACGCCUUGAGCGUGUACACAUGAUGUGUUCUAUGCAUUCACCCUGCCCCCAGCCUGCCCUGAAGAGGACAAGAUGGGUGGCCCCAGCUCCCUUCUCCCCUCCCUGCUGUGCAGCCGUGUGCGUUGGCGUGUGUUUCUGUGUCGCUGGCGUGUCACGUGAUGUAGCUGUGUUUGCUGACAUGAGCCCCUGCCCUCUCUGUUUCUCCGUUGGUUUCUAGAGCUCUCUCCCUCCCCUUCCCAGAGGGGACAGGACUCCUGGGGCCUGGUUGGGGGCCCAGAGCCAGGCCACCCUCUCCUGUUAGCCCUCAGAGUCUCAUUUCUCUCUAUUGGUGACCAAGUUGCAAAUGGAUAAAACACAGGAAAUUUUGUUCCCCCACCCCAGCCCUGCAUGUCCUGUCCCCAGAGCCCCCCAACCCUACCCCGGGCCAGGACAAGUCCCGUGGGACGGGAGAAAUAGCAACCAAUCCAACAGCGGG